CAGGAAUCCCUAGUUGUGCGUCAAAGAGCGCCGCGCCGCCUGAACUCUGAAAAUUAUUAAGAUAAUAAACGCGAGCGCCUGCUAAGUGCCUGCGAAUGGUUCUUCUCGCGCAUAAACUUGUUUCUUGUGUAAAUAAACGAAGUGACCGGCGAGCGUUUGAAGUUCUGGCCGGGACCCGGAUUCCCCGCGUGGAAUGUGCGGCCCAAGCGGAUAGAUGAAGAGUGUGCGCCCGUUGCUGUGACACCUGCAGGCCAUCCCCCUCGUUGGCCCGAACCCCAUAUCACCGCUCCAUAACUUGCCGCCCAUUGGCUCCAUCAUCGGUAUUGGAGGCGGCGCCCCGGUGAUCCUUUGGCUGUCUCAGCACUUAAUGCAUUCUUUGUUGACACACAGGGCGGAAAAUGGAAAACUGAGAAGUGGAAACGAUAGUGAAUCAAACAGGGCCUGAAAUAAGAUGUCAGCAGCGUUAGUACAGAAGGCGACGGAAACUCAACUCGAUCAGCCCCCGGAAGUGGGCGUGGCACAGUUGGCAACCAUAUCGUUGCUACUGCAAUACGACAUAGACAACACGCUGAAUGCGCUCAAGGAGCACAAGAAGAUGACACUGGACGCCCGAUUGGGCGGCGAGCUGCCCGUCGCAGUCAACAAUAACCAGGACAAGGACAUCAACCGAAAUCUGUCGGAGGAGACCGAACUAGAGGAGGAUCUGGGUCUGAAGAGCAGGGAGACUGCCUUUAUGCCUCCCACUCCGCCUGCCACGCCCAACCUGCAGAGCACUGCCCAGAAGCGCUGGAAGAUCCUGGCCAAGGUGCUGCGCAAGGACUCCGAGGAGACGGUGUCCUCCUCCAGCGAUGAGUUCGCUGAGGAGCAAACUGCAUCCGUGCGGCGCUUCAAGAGCUUCGAUCUGCUCCGCCAGGACAGCUUCGAGGAUCACGUGAGUCUGAAGUGCUUGGGUAAGACGGAGAACUGGUACAAGUACCGCAUGCAGCUGGAGAACGAGUCGGAGUACUCGGUGAACAUCCACCACAUGGAGCGUCAGCUGACCGCCAGUGAUCUGAUGGGAUUCAACAACACGGGCAACAUUUGCGUUUGGCCCUCGGAGGAGGCAUUGACCGCGCUGGUUCUCUCGGAGGUGGCUUCAUAUCGAGGCAAGUGGAUCCUGGAACUCGGCGGCGGAUUCACCUCGCUGGCUGGCCUCAUGCUGGCCAAAUAUGCCACUCCGUAUGCGGUUCACCUGACCGACGGCAAUGAGAUAUCAGUGGAAAACGUGAGGAAAACCGUUUGUCUCAACGAGCUGAGCUGCUACACCAAGUGCUCGGUUCUAAAAUGGCAGGAAAAGUGUGCCCGAUCCCAGGCAGAGCAGGCCAAGUUCGACUUCAUCCUCUGCGCCGACUGCUUGUUCUUUGACGAGGCCCGAUCCGCCCUGGUGGACACCAUCUGGUACUAUCUGGCACCCGAGGGAUCGGCCCUGAUCAUGGCUCCCCGUCGCGGGCGCACUUUGAGCGUUUUUCAGGAUGAGUGUGUGGCCAGGGGCUUCCGCGUGGAGUUGGCCACUCGGUAUAACGAGACCAUCUGGCAGCGGCAUCUCCAGCUGAAGGCCGACUCUGCCCUCUACGACGAGGACCUCCACUACCCUUUGCUCCUGCGGCUGUGCAAGAGCCACAGCUAGGAGAAAAUCGAAGGGGGUCGGACUUUAUGGGAAGCCACUUGGCUGCAGUAGGUGCAAUUAAACUUAGUCAAUGUUUUAGUUGAUAGCAAGCAAAUUCCAGUUUACACCUUAAACAAAGAAGAGGCCAACAGCGGGGAAAGAAAUUAUCCCGUUGGUCUCAAAGGACAACAUGAAAUUCCUCCUACACUGAAAAAGAUUUAGCAAGUCAAAUUCGUUAGACUGGUGCUAGAAACCAACGGAAAAUGUAUGGAGAAAUAUAUUCGAUUAUCAAUGUUUUCGGUUGAACGAACACAAUACCUUUCACGUUAAA